AGGGGAACCUGCGUCCGCUCUGGGCGGACGUCGGAAGUCCGGUACCCGGGGGCGCGCCCCGCGCCGGGUCCUCCGGAGCUGGCGGAUUGCCUCCUUUUCGGCGUCCCCUCCCUCGCAGUCCAGGCUGGGCCCCGUCCCGACAGUGUUCCCUGGUGCUCCGUGCGGCACGGGCUUUAUCAACCGGUUGAAACACCCCUGAAACCGAGGGAGUGGAGUGGAACGUGUACCCCAAUUCUUAAGGGAGGAUGGGUCGCCCUCUGGAAACACUGACAAAGAAGAUCUUAAAAGGAGUUUUAGUAGCUGAACUCAUGGGUGCUUUUGGAGCAUAUUUUUUGUUUAAUAAGAUGAACACAAGCCAAGAUUUCAGGCAAACAAUGAGUAAGAAAUUUCCUUUCAUCUUAGAAGUUUAUUACAAAUCCAUUGAACAGUCUGGAGUUUAUGGAACCAGAGAGCAAGAUCAAAAAAUAUGGUUGGAUAGCAAAAAUUAGGAUCGUCACGUUCGGCCUCCCAUUUAAGCUGUUUGAGACCUUUAAGAGAAGAAAGAUGAGUUCACCACGCUGUGGAUGCUGGACUAACAGAGCAUCCUGCCGAGCAGCAGGACCUCAGGUCGCCACAGCAUGCAGCUCCCACCCACUAGGCAAGCCCACCGCCUGUUUGUUGCUUUUCUUUUAUUGUCAAAGACUAAUAUUUUACAAAUAAAACACUGAGAAAGGAAAAGGAACAAAUGUUCUGUAAAGAUUUCCUUUCUCUUGAGUACAUUUGCUUGUGAAAGAAAAUAGUAACUAUUAAUAUCAGAAAUAAUCAGUACUAUUUAAGCACAUAAAGUUACCUUUAGCAAGCUUAUACUGUAUAAAAGUAGCAUGCGCUGCCCUAUAGAACCCAAUUUUUGUAGUAUGUAGUAUUUUUUGCUAUGGUCUAAAUCCUUUUUAAUCUUGUAUCAUCCAGAGGGGAGAUAGGAAAAAGCCAUCCCUUCCAGAUUGUAGGGUACACUGAAAAGGUCCUCCAAAAAUAUCCAUCUUCCCAUUUUAAGUGGAGGCUGUUUUAUUCUCCACCUUUGUGGCACUGGGAAUCAAACCCAGAGCCUCACUGCAUACCAAUCAGACUCUGCCACUGAACUGCAUCCCCAGACUACUGCACAAACUGCAACCGAAAACUCAAGUUACUUACU